CCUAUUGUUAAUUAAUACUUAGUAGUGUAAUUUUUCAUCACUUAAUAAUGUAUUCUAUGGUGAUAAAAAAAACAAAGUUAUAGAUUAACAUAAGUUAUUCUUGUUAGAUAUAUAUCUUGUGUUGACAAAAAAAUAUAUCUUGCAAAUGGAUAAUAUACAUUAUAGGAAUAUAAUAAAAAAUUACAACGGCAAAUAUCUUUAUUAUUGUUAUUAAUAUCAUAGCUUAAAUUUAUGGGUUAGUUAUGUUAAGUUAGUAAGAUGUUCAAUAAUUUUAGGAAUAUUUACUUGAUUUCUUAUGUACUAUAUCGAUAGAAAAAAUUUAAUUUUUGAGUUAAUGUUAUGUCUAACUAAAUUAUGAUUUGCUUGUUAGUGGGGGUAAGAAGUUAAUGGGAUUUUUCUUGCUUAGUGUAAUAUGCCGUGGAGUACUAUGAAUAAUUAGUAAAGUUUUAGAGUUACUACCAGUGGCAUUACAUUGUAAUUAUUUAGGAAAAAUAAGGGUCAAACCUUAUUUGUACUCUUGUUUUAAUAGUUUAGAUAUUACUUAUUUUAUAGUUAGUUUUACUUAAUGAUUUUUAUUAAAUAAUUUCUUGUACUUGUAGGAAUUUCUAAUUCGUUUUUUUCUAGAUUUGUUUUAGUUUAUAUUUUUCUUUUACAAUUUUCUUUCUUUAUUAUCUUUAAAAACGAAAUUUGUAUUUUUGAAAACAAAAAAAAUUACUUUCAAAUAGAUUUUUACAAUUAUUUACUUGUUUAGGAUUUAAAAAUAUAAAAAUUACUAUCCAAUAAUUUUAACAAUAUGUAAUUGUAAAAGACUAUGUAAUAGCAAUAUAAUCUUUUACAAUUUUCUUUUGUUUAGGUUUAAAAAAAAAAUAUCACUUAUUUUAUAUUUAGUUUUACUUUUUGAUUUUUAUUAAAUAAUAUCUUGUACUUGUAGGAUUUUAUAAUUCGUUUUUUUAGAUUUUGUUUUAGUUAAUAUUUAUCUUUUACAAUUUUAUUUCUUUUUUAUCUUUAAAAACGAAAAUUAUAUUUUUUUAAACCAAAAAUUACUUUCAACUAACUUUUUACAGUUAUUUACUUGUUUAGGAUUAAAAAAGUAAAAAUUAAUAUCCAAUGAUUUAACAAUAUAUAAUUGUAAAAGACUAUGUAAUAGUAAUUGUUCUUUUCCAAAAUUUUUAAAAAAUCGUGAAAAGAUAUAUUUAAAAUGAUAACUUUUAUUUUCUAAAUCUCUUUUAAAUCUUAAGAAAAAAAAUCAUAUUUUUGACACAUGUCGCAAUCUUAAAAAAAUUAUUGACAUAUGUCGCGAUCAUGUUAAUUAGCAACUUUGAAGAACCAAGCUUUAUAUAAUAGGAUUUACAUUAUGUUUUUCAAGAUUUCAUAUAUUUUACUAUUCUUAUAGCAAUAUUUACUAUUUUAAACAACAUAUGAAACCCCAAAAUAUUAUAUUAUACUUAGGUGCAAAAACUUAUAUAUAUAUUUGUAAAAUAAAUAAAGAACAUAUAUACCUAUGAUUAUGUAAAUCUAAUAUAUACUUUUAAAAUAAAUAUAUUUACUAUUUAAAUAUAUCUUAUUUUUGAAAUUGUGGUUAAGAUCGGUUACAAAAAUCUACUUGCAAAUAUGUAGGGGAAUAAAAUUCUUUUUAAUUUUCUUUAAAUAUUAUACUUUUAGUUGAUUAUGUUAAAUAAUAAAUAAGAUAUAUUAAAUGUCUAGUGAAUUGGUCUAACAACAUUCGUAAAUAAAAAAUAAGACUCUAAAUUAAUAGAAUAGAUAUAACUAUAAGUGUUUGAAGCCUUGCUUGCAGACACAAAAACGGGACCGUUAGGCAAACCCUACAACCUUACAUAAAACUCUUCCACGAAACGUCUUCUUCGGCGGGGCUGCUAACAGAAAAGAAAAAUCAACAUCCUCUCAAUGAAUGUCUCGGCUGAUGAACGAGAGGACUCGAUGUCUAUUGCAAAACCAGUAACUCCUACUCUGAAGACAAAUCUGAAGAAGCAGACGAAUAAGAAUAAGAAGACAUUCUCUCUCUUAAGUAGGACCGUGCUGCACCUGUGUUCCAGUAGCAAAACAAAUCUGAAGAGGCAGAAGAUACUUAAGGAGAGUAAAGCAAAUUUGAAGAAGCAGAAGAAAACUGAGAGAGAGAGAAAAAAGAAGGAAGAUUCUUGCUGUUUUGGAUGUGAAGAAGCCUACGAAAAUAAUGAUGAAACCAUUUUCGUUAAGGGAUUUCAACAUUUGCGUCCUAGGGAUGAAAUCAAGAAUGAAUUGAGCAACAUUUUUGGUUCUUGUGGAAAGAUAAUAAGCGUUUUUGUUCCCAUGCACUGUGGUACCUGUGUUCCCUUGGGAUUUGCUUUCAUUAAUCUCUUAAAUGGCAAAGAGAAGGCGUUGAAACUAAAUGGAAGUUACAUGGGAGGAAGAAAGCUUAAGGUGAUGAUUGCUACUGAUAGUGAUGAAUACUUCGGGUUUGAUGACUUUGAUGGGUGUGACCUUUGUGGAGGGCCAGGCAAGGUCAGAUCUCGCAGGCCGAUUGACAUUGAUAAGGUUUCUUUCGAAUUGUACCACUGAACCCGAGCUUAUUUUUAUUAUCUAAUUAUUUUGUCUUAUAUGAUUUUGACUCUGCUAUGCGUAAAUCAAAUUAUGUAAGAAACUCUUUAGUAUGGAGACGGUGGUUUUCUGAAAUUUUUGUUGAAAAAUGAUUUGGUUAAAAAUUAU